AUGCAAUUACGACGAGAUAGACUAACCUAUGUUUUCUUGAUAAUAAUUUUUUGUAUUACUAUUUUAUUUUAUCAAUAUCAUUAUGCAUCAAAUCAAUCAUCACAAACAGUACAAUCUAUAUCAAAAAUAAUUAAAAAUGAAAAAUUUAGAAUUUUAUCAAAUGAAUAUUCAACAAUAUGGUUUCAAGAACAUUGUUUUCAAAUAAAAGAUUCACAUAAAUUGGUAGUAGAUAAUAUUCCAAAAUAUUUAAAUAAAGCUCGCUUAUCAACAAAUCAAAUUUGCCAAGAUUUUGUUAAAAAAUUUGAUGCAUUAUUUCGUCUUGAAGAAAUUCAUAGUUCAUUAAAAUUAUCAUCAAUUUAUUUAAAGAAAAUUAAUCAAUAUUUUAAUAAUGAUGCAACACUUGUUGAACAAAUAAAAAAUCAACGUAUAAUUAAAAUUUACAAUCGACAUACACAUGAAGAGAUGCUAUAUAAUUAUAUGCGAAGUCAACGUCCACAAACUAAAAGUGAACAAUCCGCCGAAAGCUAGUACGAUUAUAGUAAAUGUAUUAAAUGGAAUAAUGUAUAUAUGUCAGUGAUCAAACUUGUAUCAAGAGAAACAUUGAAGUCAAGUUCAAUAUUGGCUUAAAGAUUUUUUUAAUUGGUGAUCUGUCUAUGAGUCAGAAAUUGUUUAAGUUAGUUUUAACGAAAACAAAAAAAGAAAUGACGACUUUUGAAGUUUGAUAGUUCCACUUGAUUCAAGAAAUUCUUUUCUCUUCAGAAAUUCUUAAUUUUAGAUGUCUUGUAUAAGUGAAGGAAGGGACGUGUGUAGGUGUCAUUAAUCGCUUAUUAUUGUCGAGAUACUAUAUUUUUUAGCACAAUGUCGUGAUUCCUCUCAGGAAAAUUGAGUUUUGAAUUUCGACUUAAAACUUUCCAUAGAGACAGGUCUUAACGAGAAUAGCUUAUUGUGAAAGUUUCAGAUUUUUCGAUUGCUUCUAUCCUAAGAUACGACUAUGGUAAAAGCAUGUUUUUCACAC